GCUCCUCUCCACAGAAAAGGAAGGAGACAACUAACAAGAUCGAAACAGCAGCAAUGGCAGAUACGCAUGACGAGAGAAGAGAACAAGUCCUCGGUGACUUCAAGAAGAAGCUUCUCGACCAUAGGGAGUGGGAUGCGAAGCUCAAAGAGCUCCGUAUGAGCAUCAAGGACCUCGACAAGGACUAUGAGAAGACAGAAGAUGAUAUCAAGGCGCUUCAGAGUGUUGGUCAGAUCAUCGGUGAGGUGUUGAAGCAAUUGGACGAGGAGAGAUUCAUUGUCAAGGCAUCAUCAGGACCUCGUUACGUGGUCGGCUGCCGUGCCAAAGUACCAAAAGACAAGCUCAAGCAAGGUGUUCGUGUCUCCCUAGACAUGACCACUCUCACCAUUAUGCGCAUCCUUCCGAGAGAAGUCGACCCCAUGGUGUACAACAUGUCGCUGGAAGACCCCGGAGCUGUUUCGUUCGCUGGUAUUGGAGGAUUGGGCGAUCAGAUCCGUGAUCUGAGAGAAGUUAUUGAGCUGCCGUUGAAGAACCCCGAGUUGUUCUUGAGAGUAGGGAUCAAGCCGCCGAAGGGAGUGUUGUUGUAUGGACCGCCGGGAACUGGAAAGACUUUGUUGGCGAGGGCUGUGGCAUCAACACUUCAGACCAACUUCUUGAAGGUUGUUGCUUCAGCUAUUGUGGACAAGUACAUUGGAGAGUCGGCGCGUCUUGUUCGUGAGAUGUUCGCAUAUGCCAAGGAGCAUGAGCCUUGUAUCAUCUUCAUGGAUGAGAUUGAUGCUAUUGGUGGACGACGUUUCUCGGAAGGUACAUCCGCUGAUCGUGAGAUUCAGCGUACGCUCAUGGAGUUGCUGAAUCAGAUGGAUGGUUUCGAUUACCUUGGACAGACGAAGGUUAUCAUGGCAACAAACCGUCCCGAUGUUUUGGAUCCUGCACUUCUUCGUCCAGGUCGUUUGGACAGGAAGAUUGAAAUUGGUUUGCCAAACGAGGUUGGAAGGAUGGAGAUCUUGAAGAUUCACAUGUCGAGCAUUGCGCAGGAGGGUGAGAUCGAUUACGAGGCCGUGGUCAAGCUUAGUGACGGGUUCAACGGUGCUGAUUUGAGAAACGUUACGACGGAAGCUGGUAUGUUUGCUAUCAGGGAAGAGCGAGACUACCUUGUCCAGGAUGACUUGAUGAAGGCAGUGAGGAAGAUUGCGGAUGUGAAGAAGCUGGAAAGCAAAUCAGAGUACGACUCUUCCAAGAUCUAA